UAACGUAUUUUAGAUGUACAAAAGGUGCAGUUUCUUCUCUGCCUAUAUAAUCUCCCAUUAAAAUGAAUAUUGCAAUCCAUUCAAUUAGAAACGUUGACCCAAAAGAGUCUUUUUUUUAUAGAAGAAAAAGAGAUUGGGGGGGACGUUGACCCAAAAGAGUCUUUUUUUUAUACAAGAAAAAAAAGAUUGGGAGGUGGGCAUGUGUUUCCUACUUUUUCAGAUCUGUGAACCUAGGUUUAAAGUCACUUAUGAGUUAUGAUACCUUCGACCUCUUUCUUAUCUCCUCUAAUUUAUCUCUUCAACUCACAUAAUGUCUCCGAUGAACGAGUUUGAUCACCUCAAAAUUCGUCUAAAAGAUAUAAAAGAGGCCACAGAAAACUUCGGUAUCGACAGGAAGAUCGGGGGUGGUGGGUUUGGACCGGUGUACAAAGGAAAACUCACUCUCUCUUCUGGCCGACGAGCUGUCGUUGCUUUCAAGCGCUUAGAUCCAAGAUUUGGACAAGGAAACACCGAGUUCUGGAAGGAGAUCAUGUUGCUUUCAGAUUGCAAACAUGAAAAUCUCAUCUCUCUUUUAGGCUUUUGCAUUGAAGGAGAAGAAAGAAUCCUUGUAUAUGAAUAUCUAUCUCGUGGGAGCCUUGAUCGCUAUCUUUCUAACCCUCGUAUGACAUGGAACCAACGCCUUAAAAUAUGUGUUGGGGUUGCACGUGCUCUAACCUACCUUCAUGAUCCAAGAAAAACACAACGAAGAGUACUCCAUCGAGAUAUUAAAAGCGCAAACAUCCUUCUUGAUGCUGAAUGGACUCCUAAAGUUUCUGACUUUGGCCUUUCAAAAUUGGCUCCAGCUAACCAACCACGAACAUAUGUUAUCUCUAAUGGUGUUGGAACACCUGGAUAUUGUGAUCCAGUGUAUAUCGAAACGGGGUUUCUAUGUAAAGAGUCUGACGUGUACUCUUUUGGAGUCGUAUUGUUUGAAGUGAUGUGUGGGAAGUUAUGUUGUGAAUAUCGUAAUGGUCAGUUGAUUAAUAUUUUAGUGCCUAGAUGGAAAAUUUGUUGCGAUAAGAACAAACUAGAUAAUAUUAUUUGCCCUGGUUUGAAAGAGCAAAUAAAUAGGGAUUCAUUAGUGACGUUUUCAGCUAUUGCCAAUCGAUGUUUAAGUCGAAGCUUUGAAGUUCGACCAACAAUGGCUGAGAUCUUGAAAAACCUUGAGGUCGCACUUGAACAACAAAACUUUAAUCCAGAAAACAGUGCGCUGGUCGAUAUUUCCAAGCUUGCAAUUCCUCGGAUAUCCUACACAUCACAUCAGGAACUCCAUUCACGUCUCUCCAAAGGGAUUCUUAUUGAUGGGGGACAAACGUGGGUUUCAGUAAAUAAGAAUGGAAGAAUUCGAGAAAUGAUAUCUGCUGUAAAAUGCGUCUCUGGGGGGUGGUUUGUAUCUGACACCGCAGAUGAUUCAAGGUCCUUCAACUCCAGUGAACCAACGCAACAACACACUAUCUCUUCAUUGAAUUUUCCACCACUACAAACCAAUAGAAGGGUUGUUGGGUUGGUUCGCCAAGUUGAAGGACCGAAAAAAGAAAGGAUAGUGAAGACGUUAAUGUCAUUAAAGAUGGAAAGGGAAGAGAAGUUGAGGAGGAUGAGAGAUCGGAUGGUGAUUGGUGGGACCGAGCUUAAAUUUCUCGAAUGUGGUUUCAGGUUUAGGGUAAUGAGAUACAAAUAUAUGUGGUCUAUUAAUGUUUUAAAAUAUAUAAAAAAAUAUAUGUAAAUAAGAAAAUUAACUAAAAAAUAAAUUAAAAAAUGGCACAUUAGUAUUUUGAGGUAUGAUAGGGACCAGACGCAUACCAAAAACAAAUAGUAGGGAUCAUCCAAGUUAAAAACUAAGUUAGGGACCAAACGCACAAAAUACCCAAACUACAGGGACCAUUCGUGUAAUUUACUCGUACAUCUUCAGUUUGUUCACAUCUGGGUAACUAUCUUUUUUUUUGUACACAUCUAGGUAA